AUGGUUGGACACAAGGAAAAGCAAGCGGAGGAGGUCGCCAAUAUCCCUCCUCAGCUCUCCGAUCUACACUGCUUCACUGAGACGGAAGGCGUCAUCACAACCACUAUGAUGGACCUGCCUGGAUAUAGGAUUGUGCAAGUGCUCGGGACUGUUUACGGCAUCACAGUGCGCAGUCGAAAUCUCGCGGCCAGUCUUGGAAUGGUGCUCAAGAGCUUUGCUGGUGGCGAACUUCGCUGGUUUACGUCGAUGCUGUACUCGUGCCGAAACGACUCGAUUGGUCGCGUGGUGGAGGAAUGCAAGCAACGAGGGGGCAAUGCCAUCAUCUGCCUGCGGUUUGAUGCCGGUGAUAUGGGUGGCUUUGCGCAGACGGCGGCGUACGGGACGGCGUGUAUUGUGGAGAAGAUUGACGAGAGGGUCAAGUCUCCGCCGCAGCUGGAGAAGAAGGCAUAG